GCUUCCUCCCCAGGGCAGGGGCAGGAGCUGCCCCAAAUGCACCUUCCUUCACCGUUCCCAGCCCCCCCAGGAAGCACAGCCAGCACCCACCACACCCCAAUCCAAUCUGAAAAUACGAGCCCUUCUUUAAUUUACCUCCUUAUUUCUUUUUAACUUGGUUUUACUUUAUCCUUCUGUGAUUGCUUUAACGUCACCACCCAGCAUCCCCCUCCCCCCAUUUCCUUUCCAUCUCCCAUAUCAUUACCCACCCCAUCCCAGUAGGUCUCCCCCUCCCAGCUUCACAUUCACCUCCCACGCCCCCCCUCUCUCACCCCCUACCUAGAGCAGGGGUCCUGGCCCAUCAGCCCUGUAGGGGCAGCUCACAGCUGUAGCUCCUGGUCAGGCCCCUGCUUGCAACCCUCUAGCGCAGGGGGAGGCAAUGUUUUUUGGCCAGAGUGCCAAAAAACCCACAAUGUCUGCCUUGGAAGGUGUUGGAGUGCCCACAUGCCGGAGCCCAGAGCAGCUGUUUGCAGCGUCCCAGCUGCAGCCGGCCCAGGGAGCCUGGUCUGCUUGCAGCAGGGCUUGCAGCCUCCCAGCCGCCUGCUGGGAGCAGCCGGGGCUCCGUGGCUGGCAGCAGCUGCUGAGAGCCAGGGCUGGCAGUGGUGUGCUGAGCAAAAUGGCCGUGUGUGCCAUGCUCGGCACACGUGCCGGGGGUUGCUGAGCCCUGCUCUAGUGCAAGUCACAGCUGUGCAGGGGGAGGGGCGUGAAGUCACAGAAAGCUUUUAGCUUCGAGAUGUGACUGCUCCAAACUUGAGCUAGCACUAAUUGCAAUCAGCAUUUGAGCAGCUCAGAAAAAAUGGUUGUCAAUAUAUACUCUUGAGAUCCCAGGAAGAGGCCAUGCUCCUGUUUCAGAGGAAGGCAAAAGCCUCCCAGCCCAUACCAGUCUGACGACGGGAUAAAAAAUUCCCCCUGAACCUAAGCAUGGCAUCGGUCAGACCCUGAGUGGAGGAGCAGGACCCUCCCGCUUGUCCGGGAGCCAGGUCCAGGACAAUGGGCCUUGGCUAAGGGCCCAGCUAUAGGGAGGGGCGGAAGCCGGGAAGGCCCGAGCCCCAACAAGGGAGGAAAGGCCGGAGAUGGGCUGGUGGCAAGACAAGGCUCUUGUCCUGCAUCGAGUACCAGUGGAGUAUCCAAGUGAACACUUUGCCAGGGAACACUUGUGGCUAAUUGGAGUUCAUUGCCACUUAGAGCAGGUGUGUUAAAUUUUGUGGGCAUCUGUUUUGACGCCAGUCACAUCCUGGACCAAUCACCCCCUGUUAAACCUUGUCUGCACUGACAAUUCUUUGCAGUGGAAGAAUGUGCAACGUGCUACCUGCACCACUCCCGGGGCAGUCCAGGUGCUGGCCGUGCACUCCUCUCAGCGCUCCUGCCCUGGAGCUCUUCCUGCAGCAGCUCCCAGAGCCAGAGCGGCCGCUCGGGCUCAGACCCCGGGUUCACGUGGCUGGAAGCCACGCCGCGGCUGGUCCAGUGGCUCUUGCGCUGUGGAGGUGUUUCCCGAUUUAGCUUGCAGCUCAGCCCCAGGGAAGCUUGCUGCUGCUGGCCUCUGCUGUAAUAGUAGCUUGUACUAGGGAAAUGCCCCAGGGCUUUCUUCCCAGCAGGUCAGAGCGGGCUUUCCCCCGCAGUGUCUGUGCACAACGGGCAGAAGCGCCGCACGAAGCUGCUGCGAAGGUGGCGCCAGGCUCCCAGCUGCUGGUCUUGCUGCUGCUCGUGGGCGCUGCGGCCGUGACAGGAACCAGCGCCAGUGAGUGGCAGCGCCUGUCCUGGGCCGGGGGUAGGACAGAGCCAGGGUCCGGAUGUAGGCAGUGUGGGCACAGCCAGGCCAGGGGUAGGACAGCGCUGCCCGUUCCCUGAAGCCACCCCUGGGCGCAGCACCCCAUGGACUUGCACGCAGCACCCUCCCCUCUCCCAGCAUGGCUGUUCCUGCCUGGGGAGCUGCUGGUGAGUGGGAAGAGAGGACCUGCUGCCUCUGACGGGGAGGGCAGAUGGAUGCAAGUCGAGGAGAAGCCGCUUGUCCAGCCAGACCCUCGUCUGCUCUGCAGGGCCCCUCUGGCCCCAGCCCCGACCGCGCAGCAGGAUCGAGGCUUGAGCGGGGCUGAGCCCAGGCCCAGGCCCUGACUCGGGUGCAUGAGGGCUCCCCAGGAGCAGGGUGGGCCAAGUGCCUGGGCUGUGCAGGGCUUGUUCCUGGGCUGGAGGGUGUGGGAUAGCAUGACUGGGCUGUGGGACACGGUGUGUGGCCCCUCCAGGCCAGGCCUGUGCCCUGCUGGGUCGGUCCUGUCUCUCCUCCCGGGCCCCUGCCCCACACCCAGCCAGCUUGGUCCUCUCCUCUUGGCCCCACCACUCGGUCUGUUCUGUGCCUCCACUCCAGCCUGGCACUGCCCCGUGUCCCCUCUCUGCGGCCCCUCCGGGAGGGCACAGCAAGCACCCGAGGACACUGGUAUCUGCCCCAAAUAGUGCUGACCUCUAUCACUCUCCCACAAGCGCCCACUCCUACUGACAUUUCUACAUGGGGGUGUCGAAUCAUGGCUUGGAUGUGCCCACCUUCACUGCCGUGGGCUACGUGGAUGACCAGCAAAUUCUCCACUACGACAGCGAGACGCGGAGACAGGAGCCGUGUAGGGACUGGGUGCAGGGGGCCGUCGACCCAGGCUUCCGGGACGGGGAAACCGUGAUCUUGCAGGGCUGGCAGAGGGGAUUUGACAUGAACCUGGUCACCCUGCAGCACCGCUACAACCAGAGCAGGGGUGAGUGUGAGCAGGCAUGUGUGAGCAGGAGGCCGUGGGGGACCCUGGCACUGAGGGUGACUGACGAGGGCAUUGGGGGGCACCUGGCCACCAGCAGCACGGGGUGGGGAGCCAGGAGGGCAUCGCAUUGUCUCCUGUCUGGUCUGCGUGUCCCUGCCAGCCAGCUCCUCCCUGCAGUUGCCAGGGACAGAGUGUGGUUACCUGCUCAGUUUUCAGCCAUGGGUCAGGUGGCUGUGGAGGGAGCCCUCUCCCACUCCCGUGCACUGUCGGUGCAGGACAGGGUGAGCGUGAAGGGUCUCCUGGCUGCGCUGGCAGCACCUCAUGCCCACCUGGCUCUCAUGAGCCUGGGGUGGAGCAACAGCUACUCCGACUCCUGCAUCCAAGAUCUGACUGGACGGCACCCCAAGGUGCCCCUAGUCUGCCCCAAGGGGUCCCAGCAGGUGGCGGGGGUGUCGAAUCCCAGCCCGGACGUGCCCCAUUUCACUGCCGUCGGCUACGUGGACGACCAGCAAAUUCUCCACUACGACAGCGAGACGCGGAGACAGGCGCCGUGCAGGGACUGGGUGCGGGGGGCCGUCGACCCAGACUUCUGGGACGGAGAAACUGCACUCCUCUCCCUGUCCUGUGCCCCUUGGUGGCCUCACACUCUCCAGCUCACGUACGGCUGUGAGCUCCGCGAAGACAACAGCACUGGAGGCCACAUGCAGUUGGGCUACGACGGGGGAGACUUCAUCAGCUAUGACCUGGGAACGCGCACCUGGGUAGCAGGGACAACGCAGGCCCAGCGCACCCAGCGCAGCUGGAAUGAGAAUAAAACCCUUCUUCAGGAUACAAGAGCCAACCUGGAGGAGACCUGCAUCGCGUGGCUGUGGCAGUACCUGCAGCACGGGGAGGCAGCGGUGCAGAGCAAACGGGGAGGCACAGCCCCAGGAGACGAGCCGCUCGGGGGUCCUUCCCAGUGGAGACGGGACCUACCAGACCUGGGCACCAUCGAGAUGGACCCGAGCAGCAACCACAGCUACACCUGCAGCGUGGAGCACGUGAGCCUGGGUGCAGCCCUGAGAGUGGCCUGGGACGAGGGCAGGACGGGUGAGUGA